AUGAACAAAGUGAUAGAAACCUGCUUUCAGGUGGAUGUUGCUCUCUUCGCCAUCCUUUUCUGUUGGGCGCUGCGUCAAGCCUUUGUUAUCUACACCUCCAAGAACCACAAACAGAUUGCCGAGCACCAUUUGCGUUUGCUUCAUAUAUCUCAUUCAGCCUCAGAAUGGUUUCUUGCCGUGGUGGUCCUCUUAGUGCUUGCCUGCUUGCUGGGUAAGGCUCUGCGGCCAAGCUUGCAUGUGAGUCGCCAAGACUUGUCAGGCAAGACUGCACUCGUCAUCGAAGGAUGUCAGGGCAACGCGUUCCUACACGCUCAAGCGCUGGCAUCUUGGAAGGCUGAAGUUGUGAUAACUUGCCAUGACAAGUCGAAAGGGGAUGAGGCCGUGGCAGCAUUGCGGAAGGCAACUAACAGUGGGUCGAUUGCAUCGUUUCAGGUCGAUCUGACUGACAUCGAAGAUGUCCUUCAGUUCACGGAGAGAUGGAUCUCUAGCGACAAGAAGUUGCACAUUCUCAUUCACGGCAACUUACAGCCUUGCAUCUCUAGUGACGGGGCGGACUUUCCGGUCUUGUCUGACCCUCGGGAUGCGGAGUCAUUUUUCACCAGGAGUUACCUAGCUUCUCACAUAAUUGAUGAGCGUCUACUUGACGUCUUGGAAAGAAGCAGACCUUCUCGAAUCAUUCACUUUGUGGAUGAUUGCUACAAGAGCGGAGUUUUUAAGGUGGACCUUGAUUUGUUCGAAUACUUGAAGAAUCCGGCGGGAGUUUCUCGUCUUUGGUCCCUAGAUGCUUGCAAAGGUCUUAGAGGAGAUUCACACCUGAUGGUGAUGAUGCACAGCUUCAGGCUGGCGAGAAGCUCGAAGAGUAGCGGAGUUGCAACCCUGAUCGUCAUGAAUGAGGCGAAUUGCGACAUCAUUUCGAGCUCCCCUUUGGCUGACCUUCUGCACGGGGCCUUUGAAAAUGUUGUGAACAACUUCGUCGCAAGUUUUGGGAAAGUCUGGCUGAUGCGAAAGGAGAGAAUACAAGCUCAACUGCAUGCGAGCGUGUCCCCGCUGCUGCACAACGUGUCAGGUCUGAUUUUCACUGCCCAAAGGGCACCGUUUGAAGGAUGCAUGCACUGUGCUGAUGGGCUCUUUCAUCGUUGUCAUCAAUCAAGAUUGCUACGAGUCUUGUGCGGAACUACAAGACCGUUGGGCGAUCAGGCGAUGGACAUCGAUCUGCAGGAAACUCUGCAUCAGCACACGGAAGAAUGGAAGACAAUCAUCGGUCAGAGACAAAUGGAAGCAAAGAAGCAAAAAACGAGAGAACUAGAAGAAACCAAGAAGAUAGAGCAAGCGAAAGCGAAGAUAAGAGAGGAAGAGGAGGCAGCGAGGAGGGCAGCGGAGGAGGCGGAGGCAGAGCGGAGGGCAGCGGAGGAGGCGGAGGCAGCGCGGAGGGCAGCGGAGGAGGCGGAGGCAGCGAGGAGGGCAGCGGAGGAGGCGGAGGCAGAGCGGAGGGCAGCGGAGGAGGCGGAGGCAGAGCGGAGGGCAGCGGAGGAGGCGGAGGCAGCGCGGAGGGCAGCGGAGGAGGCGGAGGCAGCGAGGAGGGCAGCGGAGGAGGCGGAGGCAGAGCGGAGGGCAGCGGAGGAGGCGGAGGCAGCGAGGAGGGCAGCGGAGGAGGCGGAGGCAGAGCGGAGGGCAGCGGAGGAGCAGGUUCAUAGAGCCGAAGAUGAGGAGGCAUUGCGAAAGGCUAGGGACAAGGCAGCGGGUGGGGGAGAGGAGGACGAGGACGAGUGGCUAGCAGUGGAGGCAGAGGCAGAGCGGAGGGCAGCAGCAGCUGAGGCAGCGAGGAGGGCGAGGUUGGAGGCAGCGAGGAGGGGAGCUGCUGGAGAUGAAGAGGAGGAACGUCGUCGUACAGUGGGAUCUAGAGACUCGGAUUCCGAGCUCUGA